AUUGUAAAAUCACUAAGGUUAAGUAAUCUGUUGUUACUGCGUUAGAAGAGUUUAAAUUUGGCAAAUUUUCAAGAUGGCGGAAUCUACGUUUUUCAGGGCUUUUCGUAAAAUAUCAAUAUCUCAGCAAUGAUACAACUUUUUGAUUUGCGCCUUUUACCAGAAUUCCUUAAAAUGUUUGAUCUACAAAAGCCUCCUACUUUGGAAAAGUUUCGAGAAUAUCGAUUGAAGAACGUCGGUCGUGGCUUAGGUGCAAUGGCUCUUAAGACAAAUAUGGAAAGGUGAAAGUAUUGAUAAAAUUGUAUUCGAUUUAAACUAUUAGAAAAAUUAUAAAAAGUAAUAAAUAUUGAUAAAUAAUUCCUAUUUCUAUAUUUUUAUACGAUGAUGUUGUUGUUGUUUAGUUAUCUAAUAAUGGUAUAUUACGUUUAGAUGAUUUACUUCUAUUAGAACAAUAUCGUGUUUCAUCAUUAUUGACAUAUUUUGAUACUUUUACACAAGUGCAUGGUAGACAAUUCUAACCUGUUUUAUCGAUACCUGUGUAGAAUGUGUAUAUUUAGUUUAAAAAAAGAUAUUCAAGCAGAUGAAUUACGUUAUGAUUUAUUUUUAAAAUAUUUAUCAGAAGCAAAAAGUCGUUUACAUUUUGAUUCAUUAUGUGAAUUAUUUCGGCUCUAACCUAAUGCUAGUCAAAUGAAAGGGUAAUUGAGAUAUUUUUGUUUUCUUUCUUUUUCUUUCUAUAAAAAGUAGAUGGAAAUAAAACAUAUGACCGGAAGAACUCGGGACAAAGGUGAUAUUAAGGCAUGUAACUGUUAAACUCUGAAUCCCCAUCUGCUUGCGAAGAGAUUUUAAAGAGGAAAGUAAGAAUUGGUGGCGCCUUUUGUAAUUGCUUUUCACUUAAAUCUCACCAGGAGUUGACCAAAACUUCAUAAGCACCGUUUUUUGGACGGGAAAUUCGAAUUUAACAGUUUCAUGCCUUAAUAUCGCCGUUCUUCCGGAGUUCUUUCGGUCACAUGAUGAUUUUCUCCCUUUUAGACCGACUGUUCUCACAUUAAAAUGUGAAUUAGUUUUAAGAAUGAUCAAUGAAUUAAGUAACGAUGCAUGGCAAUAUUUUAAUGAUAAAACAAUUGAAUUAAAUGAGCAGAUUUAUUUAUUAAUAAUACUCAAUUACAUUCAAAUGAAUAAAUUUGAUAACGAAUAUUUUCAAUUAUCACUCGAAUAUAAACGUUUGUCUAUGCUAAUUCAAGUAUAUCCAAAUAUUUUAGAUUAUUUAUUAAAAUACAAUUGUUCAGAUAAAGAUAAAUUAGAAAUAUUAGGGCAAAUGAUUCAUGGUCAACAUCUAAUCGAAGGUGGACAAUAUUAUUUAAAAGCAAUUAAACAGACACAUUCAACAUUAAUUACAUCUGGAACAUUGAUGGAUUGUGUGCAAAAAUAUUUUGUUGAGGGGAAAGAACUCGUGAUAAAAUUUUAUUCGUUUUUUUCUUUUAAAGUGAUCAUUUAUAAAAAAACAAUUUUUAUAAUUGCAAUAAAUAGUACACAUUUUCUUAUAAAUAGUGUUCGAUAUUAUAUAUACAAGCUUUAA